AUGCCGGCUGACCGCUUGCUUGGUACUCUAUUAAGAUCCCUUCAGACAUAUACCGACCAACAGGAUACGCCGAGACUCUUAGGCACAACAGCAUCUCUUCUGACGACUCUAAACAACCCUCUCAAUGUCACGCUACUGACAAGCCAACUACUGUCCGCACCUGCGAUAUGGGCCUACCCGGAGGGGCUACGAACCUGCAUGCGAUGUCUCAGUGUAUUCCACUCUGCAGCACAAGCACUUCUCAAGCACGAGGCUUCACCACGCGACCGUACCGCUGAUCAAGACUUCACGCAACUUCAGCUUGAACGUACUUUACCGAAGGAUGAAUGGAUUCGAGCUGUAGUAAGUGGUGCGGACGAGCACUCGCCCAGAUGGCGGCACGUGCUAGUCUUAGGCGGCCUGUUGUUAGGUUUUGGUCCACGAGAGGACGAAUCACUUUCGCGCAGCAUGCGAGCGACGCUGGAGACUGGCUUUGUGACGGCUGUGAAUGCAUCGCUGCAGGAAUUUGAGCCUGGAGAUGAGCUAGGUCAGCAAGCUGUGACUGCCAUCGUCAAUCACUGCUUUCCUCUUCUCAGGGAUCAUGAGAGAGCGCAGCUAGACUACGAUGUCCUAUGUCCGGCCCUUGUGCAAGCAUGGCUCCACUCGUCGGAAGGGUUGCAAUCUGCGUACUUCCUAGGUGCCAUUGAUGUGGAUGUACGGCCAGCCUCAAACACGCAAUUUCGGUGGCCAGAAAGUUCGAGGUCCUUCCAGCUCAUCCAGGCUAUGCUUUCCAGUCCACUAAUAGGCUCUCUUGGACCGCUAGCACGGCUCGUUGGACAUGCUGUCGAGAAUGUCCGGGAUCCUAGCAUCGUGCUAGCAACCAUGACAGAAUUCGAAAGCUUCUCGAGGAGUUUAUACAUGCAGUGGCGGCAGAUCAAGCUCUCGGAGAUCGAUGCCUCUGAGGAAGCUGUGUAUCUUACGCCUGAAAGUCUGGAGAGGACAGUACCUGCACUUUGGAAGCUAUUUCGGUCAACACUUUAUGCAGUCGUCAUCAUCCUUAGGAGUAUCAUAGGUCGCAUGCUUGGAGACAGCAGGCUAGGGGCAGACAAUGCCGCCCCUCGACUCGUAGCACAAGCUCUGCAUACUCUACGAUACCUGUCCUUCAUCUCUUCGCGAGCAGGAUCCUCCGCAUUCUCGCAAUACACAUUCGUCUACUUGACUGCAAUGGACAUUCUUGCGACAUACCCACAGGAGGCAGAGGCUUUCUUGCAAGCCAUAAGACCAGGAGAGCUCAGUACUAUUCCACGACAUCCACUGGAACGAAGCCUUGACCUCUUCUUCUUGAACACUGCGGAGCACUUCACAUUAGUUCUGCCCCAACGCUUGAGUGAAGAGCUUGUCUUGGCAGCAGCUACUCCCUAUCUCGCACCUGAUUGUAACAAUAAUCUUCUUCCAAUCUUCGAAGCAGCGCACAGUCUUAUACUGGCGGCCUUUUCCGCGCCACAGAAUACAGCUCUGACUGCGAAGCACCUGCCUUUCUACGUCGAAGCACUUUUCAGAGUCUUCCCAAGCAAUCUUUCCAUGAGGCAAUUCCGACUUGCUUUCAAGACUUUGGUACGGUUGACCGCACCUCCGUCUCCUCUCUCCGCGACUCAGCCUAUGCUGCCGGUCAUAUUACUGGAUCUGCUGCAUGAAAGAGCAAUUCAUGCAUCGCAGGUUCCGCUCUUCCCGGAAGCAACGUCUACGGCACCAGAUGGUCCGCCGGAGGCACUGAUGGAGCUCUCAGAGCAGACCGUCCUGACUCUGACUAUCAUCGACACCCUGACACAUCUGCCUCUGGAAUUACUAAAGGAGUGGCUGCCACUCACGGCUGAGAUGGUCAAUCGAGUUGAUGACUUCGGCAUGCGAGAACACUGCAAGGAACAUUUCUGGGCUCUGUUAGUCGGCGGCGAGAUGGACCCAGAUCAAAGCCAGCUUUGUGCUGGAUGGUGGAGCACGGCUGGCGGUAAGGAGCUGCUUUUAUAUGGACAGGAGAACCACGAGUCGGACAAAUAUACCAUGAGCGGGGCAUUGCCCAGUUCUGAUGACAGCAAGCUGUGA